CGUGCGUGCGUCGUGCAUGUGUGUCGUGUAUGUGUAGGUGUACAUGUGUGUCUGUGUGAUAGGCGACAUGUCUCCUUUAGUGAAUGUCAGUGUUCUUCUUCCGGUUGCACAACCUCCGGCGGGAGGAGGAGAAUAAGAGGAAGAGGACCAAGAACGGGACGGGAUGCGGCAUGUUGCGGUCAAACCUCACCCUAGCGCCCAGCAGACUGUUCGAGAGGACGCCACUCACCCCCUCGGACAGCUUGGACGAGAUCGCCCUCAAAAUACCCAGAGUCCGAGUGGAGUACUACGUAAACGAAAACACCUUCAAAGAGCGGCUGCAACUGUACUUCAUCAAAAACCAGCGAUCAAGCCUUCGUAUUCGCAUUGCCAACCUCCUCUUCAAGCUCCUGACAUGUGUCCUCUACAUUUUCAGGGUUGUCAUGGACGACGAUCCGAUUUAUGCUGCCUGCUACGGGUGCACGCCCUCCAACAAGUCAGAGUUCCUGGUCUCCUACAACCUGACAGAGGAGGCUUUCCAGGAGAAUCCCAUCAUCAACUGGGACGCCAUCCUGUGGGUGAAACGGCCCGUGGUCCUCUGGGUCAUCCAGGUGAUCCUGGCAGGAAUCAGCCUCACGGAGGCACUGCUCCUGGCCUACCUGGGGUACAAGGGGAACAUAUGGCAGCAACUACUGUCGUUCCAUUUCAUUCUAGAGCUAGUAAACACCAUUCCGUUUGCGUUUACAAUUGUUUAUCCUCCAUUCCGAAAUCUCUUCAUUCCUGUCUUUCUCAACUGUUGGUUAGCAAAAAAGUCACUAGAAAAUAUGUUCAACGACUUGCACAGAGCGAUGCAGAAGUCGCAGUCAGCCUUGUCUCAACAGCUGAUGAUUCUAUCUGCAACUCUUCUUUGUUUAGUUUUUACAAGCGUGUGCGGUAUCCAACACUUCCAAAGAGCUGGUCACAGACACCUGAACCUGUUCCAAUCCACGUACUAUGUAGUAGUCACCUUCUCCACUGUUGGCUAUGGAGACUUUGUGCCAGAUAUCUGGCCGUCACAACUCUACAUGGUCAUCAUGAUAUGUGUGGCGCUCAUCGUCCUUCCAACACAGUUUGAGCAGCUGGCCUUCACGUGGAUGGAGCGACAGAAGCUUGGAGGCUCGUACUCAUCCCACAGAGCUCAGUCUGAGAAGCAUGUCGUCGUCUGCAGCACGACUCUCCACGCAGACACAAUCAUGGACUUCCUCAACGAGUUCUACGCUCAUCCACUACUACAGGACUACUACGUGGUCCUUCUGUCACCCAUGGAGCUAGACACAACCAUGAGGAUGAUCCUGCAGGUGCCUAUCUGGGCCCAGAGGGUCAUCUAUAUCCAGGGGUCGUGUCUCAAGGACGUGGACCUCGCCAGGGCCAGGAUGAAUGAGGCGGAGGCCUGUUUUGUCCUGGCCGCCAGAAACUAUGCCGACAAAACUGCCGCUGAUGAACACACAAUCCUGAGGUCGUGGGCUGUGAAGGACUUUGCGCCGUGUGUGCCACAGUAUGUGCAGAUAUUCAGGCCGGAGAACAAGUUGCACGUCAAGUUUGCUGAACAUGUUGUGUGUGAGGAUGAGCUCAAGUACGCAUUGUUGGCCAACAACUGUACGUGUCCCGGGGCGUCUACUCUGGUCACACUGCUGCUACACACGUCACGUGGACAGGAAGGACAAACAUCUUCAGAAGAAUGGCAUCGAUUGUAUGGUCGGUGUUCAGGGAACGAGAUCUAUCACAUUCUUCUAGAAGACAGCAGGUUCUUUGGCGAAUAUGAGGGCAAGAGCUUCACAUACGCUAGUUUUCACUCUCAUAGAAAGUAUGGAGUGGCGUUGGUGGGCGUGAGGCCGGCAGAACUACCAGAGUUUUAUGAGGACACAAUACUACUGAACCCAGGCCCUCGACACAUCAUGAAGAAGACUGAUACUUGUUACUACAUGAGCAUUACUAAGGAGGAGAACUCUGCGUUUGUGGUAGCAAAUAACGCCAACCCAGACGCUAUUACAAAGACUGAUGAAACGCAUGACACAGUGACAACAGGUCAGCAGAAGCCCAAGCCUCAAUCAGCCGAGCAGACGGCCACAGGGAAUCAUCUUGGAGUGCCUAAACCUACUGACACCAACCCCAACUUCCUUAGUCCUGAGAUCCUCAACCAGAGAAGAGGAAGCAGAAGGCCCAGCAUUCUCCCAGUUCCGGACACUAUGACGUGUUCCACUCUCAACAUCAACGCAGGGCCACAGGACGAAGGGGACGAGAGUGAAGACGAGAUGGAAGACGACGUCCCAUGGAGAUCUCCUAGUGAAAAGAUUGCCCUCCUUGUUUCAGCUGCAGAUGACCUCUCGCCGACCCUCGGCACAGAACCCUCGUGGCGUCAGGACUGGGCCAACAUUGUGAAAGGAUUCCCACCCGUCUCGCCCUACAUAGGGGUUAGUCCUACCCUGUGUUAUCUCCUAAAGGAGAAAAAACCACUUUGUUGCCUUCAGCUCGCACAGGUGUGCGAGCAUUGUACUCAUAGAAACGCCAAAGAAUACAACUGGCAGAACAAGACCAUCAUACUGGCUGCGGACUAUGCUAGCAAUGGAAUCUACAACUUUAUCAUCCCGCUCAGAGCUCACUUCCGGACAAAAACAUCCCUCAAUCCAAUCAUACUGUUGCUGGAGAGGCGACCGGACAUUGCUUUCCUAGACGCAGUCUCCUACUUCCCCCUCAUCUACUGGAUGCUGGGUUCCAUAGAUUGCCUUGAUGACUUGUUGAGAGCUGGUAUUACCUUGGCAGAGAAUGUUGUGGUUGUCAACAAAGAGCUUUCCAACUCUGCCGAGGAAGACACACUAGCUGACUGCAACACUAUUGUGGCUGUACAAACCAUGUUCAAAUUUUUCCCAAGCAUAAAGAGUAUAACCGAGCUGUCCCAGUCCUCAAACAUGAGGUUUAUGCAGUUCCGAGCUCACGACCGCUACGCCCUUCAUCUCUCCAAAAUGGAAAAGAGAGAGAAGGAGCGAGGGUCCCACAUCUCUUACAUGUUCCGCCUUCCGUUCGCCGCCGGGUCGGUGUUCAGUGCUAGUAUGUUGGAUACACUGCUCUACCAAGCCUUCGUCAAAGACUACGUUAUCACCUUUGUCAGGCUCUUACUGGGCGUGGACCAAGCCCCGGGCUCAGGGUUCCUUACAUCGAUGAAGAUCACAAAAGAUGACAUGUGGAUCCGAACAUAUGGAAGACUCUACCAGAAACUGUGCUCAACUACUUGUGAGAUCCCCAUCGGCAUCUACAGAACUCAAGACACCACCACAACAGGAUCUCCACAUACUGAACCAGAAGUUGGCAACACUGGUUCUGCCUACUCUGCCAUUCCUACCAACUGCCUAGGCUCCACUGAUAGAGACCCUGCCUCCAUGUACUCAAUCAACGUCGGAGAUGAAGCCAAGGACAACCAUGCGGAGAUGAUUGAGAGAGCAGAGAUUGCGAAUCUCGUCAGAUCUAGGAUGGAGAGUCUAAACCUUCCUCCGGUAGAUUACGACGAUGUUAGUGAGAAAAGAUCAAGCUUGUCCUAUGUAAUCAUCAACCCCAGCUGUGAUUUGAAAUUGGAGGAAGGAGAUAUAAUCUAUUUGGUGAGACCGAGCCCGUUCUCCGCUCAGAAAACAUUCGAGAGACACAACAGCAGACGCAAGUCCAACAUCAGCUUUUGCUCUCAAGCUAUCAACCUGCCAGGCUCUAGACGGGGCUCAGGCAUCAUCUUCCCUCCACCACGGGCCCCACCACUAGUUACUACCAAGGCUAACUCACUGUCACUUCCAGACAGUCCAACCGUCGCUGGGACAUUCCGAGGAAGGUCCAAUUCUCUGAGAGUGGUAGACGACAUUCUGCUCAGAAGAAGCAACUCUUUACGCCAAGGUUUGGUGCAGACGACGCGGAAAAGCAGUCUGGAGGAAAUCGGCAUCGGACUUCACUACCCGAGACAUCAACCAUCCUUUUUUAAUUCAACCAAUACCUUGACUUUGGAGGUUCCAUCUCUAGCCUCUCUCGAUACUUGUACCCGAGUGAUGCCCUCGAGUCGUUCGACCGGCCGGCUGAUGAUGCAGCCUAUUCAGCCGGCGGCCAUGCCAUCUCAGAUGUCUACGGAGAGUGCUGGUAUCAAGAUAGCACUGAACGGAAGCAUUGGAUUAGAAGUGACACCUCCGGAAGAGAACAGCUCCCCCUCGAUAUCCAGCAACACGGGUCUACUAAUCUCUCCUCCACACCAGAUGCCGAGUCCCGCUGCCUCUACGGAACACCUACAGGGAACCAUCGUAUGAUAUCAUCUCAUGUGGGGCAGGAGGCUCAGCAGUGUAGUGCGCAACAAAUGGCUCUAACUCACUCCUCGCUCCACCACACCACCUCAACACGACACCACAUUCAGGUUUGAAAUCUACUAGACAAGGCACGCAGGAAACAAAGUAACCAAGGGAACAAAUAGAAUCGGACUGUAGAUACCUCAGUAGCGUAGCACCACUCUACACUCCGCACAUUACCCGUCUGCGAUAAACUCAAAACUCGUCUUGUACAUUCACAUAACUAUGAUGCUCAAUCAGCUGAUCUAUAAACUCAAGGAACAUUUUGAUUUGUACUUCAUUUUUGUUUCUCGAUGUAAUUGGUUGAUCGUUAAUUGUAGAUAAUAAUAUUAUAGAUUUGUCUACUUAAGUAGCUUUUUUUGUUUAAAUUUUUGUUAACAUUUUUUGAGGUUAUGGGAAGUUAUUAUCAAUUUUAUAGGAUUUUGAUUGUUAAAUUUCAAUGUAGUUUCAAUUUAUCACACAUUUUUGUGGAAUGUACACCAAUAAAUUUUUUAGUGGUUUAAAAGUUCACCAAAAAUACUACAAUAUUCUGUAACAAUACUGAAUUUAUGAAAAUUUAAUAUCAAUCGAGCUAGAUGCUAGUAAAAAUUGUUGAAUUGUGGGUUGUUGAUUAUUGGAUGUAACAAUAUGUCACAAACUGUCAAGUUGUAUACAAAUUCAUUUAUAUAAUUUAUUUUUCUAGUUUAUUUCAUGGUGUUAACCUCAUUCAUGACCUGUUGUAUGUUGUGUUAGAUCUAUGAUGUCUAUAAAGACAAUAAGACUAUGUUGUGUUUUUCUAUCUAAAAGUAUAUUGUAAAUGUUAAAUUUUAUAAAUUAUAGAAAAUGUUUCCAAAGUGGGUAGACGCUAUUGUUUGUGAUUAUUGUUGUCUAGUUUAUAUCUGUCCUGUAUUUGUGAUUUUUAUUAUUUAACAAGCUGGUUAGCGUUCCAAUGAUAAAGCGUAAAAUGUUGUGUGUAGUUAGUUAUUAAUUGGUCUGAAUAACAGAAAAACAAUUAGUUGUAAAAUAUUAUUUAUUCUUGAUUUGGUUCUUAAACUUUCAUUAUUUUUGUUUAUUUCCAUCAAAAAUUUAAUGAAUCUCUUUCUUUACUGUAUAUUCUUUUUUGUAGGGAUGGACGAGAUUGGAUUUUUAGUUCGAGACGAGACGAGACGAGAUUUUUUAUUUCUCAUAAAAUUUCAAGACGAGAUCGAGACGGGAUUUCCCUUCUCAUACACAACGGGAAAUGCACGUUCAAAAUUUUUACCUGAUUUUGUAACAUUGUUAGAUGACUGUUUAAAUACAUCAAUAAUGAUAAUAGGCAAGAAUAUUUACAAUCUUUUAUUAAAAAACAUCAGCAUAACAUUUUUUUAUUAAUCACUCCUAACUUAUUAAAAAUGCCUACGAUUAGGAAACAUAGUGAUAUCAGUUAGGAUAGAGUUCAACUUAUCCUAAAAUAAAAUAAAUCAUAAAA